GCUUCUGACACAACUGUGUUCACUAGCAACUACACGAACAGACACCAUGGUGCAUCUGACUGGUGAGGAGAAGUCUGCCGUCACUGCCCUAUGGGGCAAGGUGAACGUGGAGGAAGUUGGUGGUGAGGCCCUGGGCAGGCUGCUGGUUGUCUACCCCUGGACUCAGAGGUUCUUUGAGUCCUUUGGGGACCUGUCCACUGCUGAUGCUGUUAUGAAAAAUGCUAACGUGAAGAAACAUGGCAAGAAGGUGCUAGCCUCCUUUAGUGAGGGCCUGAAGCAUCUCGACGACCUCAAGGGUACGUUUGCUGCGCUGAGUGAGCUGCACUGUGACAAGCUGCACGUGGAUCCUGAGAACUUCAGGCUCCUGGGCAACGUGCUGGUGGUUGUGCUGGCUGAGAACCUUAAAAAUGAAUUCACCCCGGAGUUGCAGUCUGCCUAUCAGAAGGUGGCGCCUGGUGUGGCUAAUGCCCUGGCCCACAAUUACCACUAAGCCCCCUUUCCUGAUUUUCAGGAAAGACCCUUUUGUCCUCAGAGCCCAAAAUCUGGAUACAGAAAAAUAAAGAAGAGUUUUUAGCAUCUGGUCUCUGCCUAAUAAAAACAUUUAUUUUCAUUGCA